AACCUAGAAAUCCUAAGACUAUUUGAUAUUUUGGUUUUAAUACUUAUGUGUGUGUGCUUCAUGUGUGCGUGUAUAUAAUGCACCAAGUCGGCUUAAGAAAAUGUUUCAAGUUAUGUAAUCUCGACUAAUGCUAAACCUAAUGAAUUUACACAAGUGCUGCACAAAAAAGUACACAAUAGGUACACAAUAAACACUGUUACAAACAGCCUAUGAUUGUUUAAAAAAACGUCAGUGUUAUUCCAUUGUGUUUCUGUACACCCUCACUGGUAACAUCAUGUUAAAGAUUUGUUCAGACUAGUAUUCACAGGACUAGUUGAAGGUGCUAUGCAGGAUUUCACACAUCUGCUGGUAUUGCUCAUUUUCUCCACUGUCAGUUGACGCCUCAUUGGUGCAUCAGUAGGCUGCAGAUGUACUGUGGAAAUAUACUGUUGUGGUUAUGUCAUGCUGAAAUAGAAAGUUUAUAGUAAGUACCGAAAUGAGCUGAUGGCAUCUUAGCAUAAUCCUGUGCAUUGGAAAGACUGGUGAAUGACAUGUUCCACAACUGUGAUUAUAUAUACUAGACGAAUAUGCAGAGUUUCAUAAAUAAAGAUUAAUGGGUAUGCAUGUCUGCAAUGAUCUUGAUCUCACUAUGUACUAUGUACAAAUAGUGAUUAUUUUAUUGUACUUUGCUCUUGCAUGAACUAAGCCCAGGCUUUACAAUACACACAUUAUAUAUACACAAACUACUCUGGUAAAUAUGAAGCACUGAUCAAACAUACUUUAAAAGCAAGAAUUCACUCAUACAUUAUUUAUGUUGAUUUAAUAUAAUGUAGAACUACACUACCAUUCACUUUCUGAUAUAAUCUGAAAGGCCUGCAUGUUGGAUCAGCAGUGAAUUUUGAACACAGGGUCAGAUAUUACCAUGAGGCACCUUUAUUCUGAACCUUAUAUUCUGGCAUAUAUACUGCACUGUCUCUACAAAAUUACUGUGCUAAUUAAAGGUAUAAUUAGUCAUUUUGACAAAAUUGAGCCCUCCCUUUCAGUAGUCUGUCCAAUCCACUUCCCCAAAACAUGGGCAUGCCCAGACCAGGAUGUCUGAACACCAAAGUGCAAGUGGGGGAGCUAUUUGAAUUGACAGGCAACAUAAUCAGCAAGUACAGAGAGCUGCCUGCCUGUCCUACAAGGCUGGAUAUUAGUGGUCCGCAUUAUUCCUUCAUUCAUUCUUGGAACUGUAGUCUAUCACUGGGCACAAAGCAGGAGAAUGGCAUGCUAAUUCAUAGCAGAGAAUAAUGCACACACAUUAGCACACAUAUCCACACCUAGGGGAAAUUUUAACAUAGCUAAUCCAUGUACCCGUUUUUGGACAGUGUAAGGAAGCUACAGAACCCAGAGGAAAACUUCAUGGACAAAGGGAGAACAUGCAUAAAUCUCCACACAAACAGAACCUUGAGCUCAGGAUCGAACCGAGGACCCCGGGGAUGGGAAGCAGGAGCAAAUUACUUGUGUUUUUUUCUCUCCCAUUUACGGAGCCAGGGGGCCCACAGAGAGUGGUGUUUCACCUCCGAGUAGAUAUUUUACUGACGGUCUCCAAAUGUGAGGGGAACAUCAGAAAUCUUGCAUUAAGGGUGCUUGCAUAAAAUUUCACUUUUCAUACUCCAAAACUGUUUUCAUUCUCCAAAAAAAAAAAAAUUAAUUUAGUAUUAAUGUAGUGUAAUUAAUGUCAUAUUUUCAAACAGACUUCAGGAUUUUCCAGAAAAAAAAAGUGAAAUAAUUACCACAAAGGAACCAGGAGUUUGUUAAACAAAGUGAGUGUCACCAUUACAGGGCCUUCAUAACAAGCACACAGUUGACACUUAAUGAGUCAACAAUGUCAUCCUGCCUAAACUUAACUAAGUUUCAAAAAAAAAAGAAAAAAAAAAGGAGGAGGGGACAGAAAAAAAAACAAAAAAAAAAAACAGGUUUCAUAACGGUAGUGAUGCACACUACAUAGUCCCACUGCAGUGCAGUCAAGGUUAGUGUAUUAGUAUGUGCUGGUGUGUACAAAAACACAGUACACAUGUUUAUAUUGGAGAACGACAGCAUGUCUGUGUGUGUAAAGAGAAAAGAAGAGAGAUAAUUUCAUUGAGUGCACUGGUUGUGAUUAUAAAAGGUUUGGAGUCAGCAGUCCCAUCUCUCCCUAACCCCCCUACACCCCCACCCCACCCCCAAACCUUGUCAGCAGCAGUUGCCGGGGCUGUCUCUAUGCUGCAUUUCUCCACUGUCUUUCCCACCUCCCUCCUCCUGCUCACUCCUCAUUUCACCACCUACCAUGAGCUCAGAUGCUGCUGGGAUGAGCAGCUUGCAGCAUUUGGGGUUUGAGCCAUCAGGGGCUUGCUCACCACCACAGCACUGCCAUGCCAGGAGGGGAGCCCAGGCACAGACAUGAGUGAGAGAGAAGAACCACCUAUUAACUCAUUAAUGCUUAGUGCAGCUGAGAAGGGAAAAGGGGAGGGGAAGAAAUGAGCCUGAUGGAGGGGGUAAUAUAGAAAGCACAGAAGAGUGAGAGACAGAGAAAUAGACCCUGAAUGUGGGUGAGAAAGGACUAACCUGCCAUGCAGAGUAGCAGAAAAAAGAAAAAGCCAGUGACUGAAAUUAUCCUCUGCUGCUCUAGAUAAGAGGAGAGCUAGGAAGAAGAGGCUGGAGUGUCGAAAAGAAAGGAAGAGAAAUGACUGAAAAUUGACAGAAAGGAUAAGGACAGCUCACACAAUGUCUGCAUCUAUGCUGGCUUGCCUGCUGCUCCUGAUGCUAUGUGCAGUGUCUGUGCUGGCUAUCUGUCCCCCGAUGUGUUCCUGUGGCAGGGGCCACCGAGUGGUGGACUGUUCUGCCCGAGGUCUCAUACUGCUACCCAACAGCCUCCAGCACAACAUUCAUUUCCUCAACUUGUCGCACAACCGGCUACAAGACCUAGAUGGAGCUCUCAGCCACUUUGCCCACCUAAGAACUCUGGAUAUCUCCCACAACCAUCUCAACCACCUUCCGGGUGGCCUGCCACGGGCACUGUGGGAUAUCCAUGCAUCGGCUAACCACAUUCGCCACCUCGAGAAAAACGACACUGCUUACCAUUGGAACCUGCAGUCCUUAGACUUAUCAAACAACCAGUUAGAGCGUGUGGUCUUCAUUAACAACACACUACCCAGUCUGCGAGCACUCAACCUAAGCCACAACAAGUUCUGGACUGUACCAACCAACAUGCCCUACAAUGUGGAGAUGGUGGACCUCUCCCACAACUUUCUGCUACAGAUUCUUCCUGGCUCACUGGACCGUCUUCCCAGGCUGUCCCGAUUCUACCUGCAUGCUAAUCGUUUUGUUUCAGUGAGUGAGGGUGUGUUCAACAGACUGGAAGCUUUGCAACUCAUUACACUUGGGGAUAACCCCUGGGCAUGUGAGGAUGAGGAAAACAUCACGCAUCUACUAAACUGGGUGCAGCAGACCCCAGCAAAAGUGCUGGGCUGCCCUUGCUACAUAAGGCCUACGUGUGGGGAAGCCCACCUGUCCACCACCAGAACCCGGCACUCGGCUUCAUACACCGAACCUCCGUGGGGUGCUGACACUCGUGAUUCCAGUCAUCAACAACAUGUGCAUGCUGUCACUUCAGGAUAUCUGUCCAAAUCAGCAUUGCUCAACUUUCCUUACAACUGGAGUAUUGAUAAUUCCUCUUGGGCAUCUGAGGAGGCACUGACCAAGGGUGUGGGACUUCUCACGUCCACCCCAUACAGUCUCUCAACCCACACAAGCACAACAAUCCGCACACGGAGCACCAAAAAGGCAUUACCUGACAGAGCUCGCAGCACAAGCAUCCAAAUCCAUCCUUGCAAACCUCAUACUGUCGCAUUAAACCUUUUGGGCACAGCAAUCAUCCUCAGUACCUUCUGAUUUUGCGUCAAGCUGGAAUUAACAUGAAGCGAGAACUUGCAAUUGGUCUGGAAUUAAAACAAAACCACACCUUUACGGAUGUACAAGGAAUGUUGAAAGGAGUUCCUUGUCUUCUUGGCUUUUAACUACACAGUUUGAAUGUUCCUGACUAUGGUAUUCUCUACAGUAUAUGUGUGUUGGUCUGGGGAAAACCCUUUGUUGCUGUGGCUGAAUUCUGGCAAACAGCUGAAAAUUAUGAAAAUUUUUUUUUGGACCAAAAUAGGGGUUUCUGCUUUGACACCUCAACUCGAAGAAACCAUAAAUAUAUUUCACCAAAACUAUGUGGAAAUGUUUGCUGUGCCUAGGUUAUCUUUCUGCAACAUUAAAAAAAAAAAAAAAAAAGUUUAACAAACUCAGUGGUAAAAACAGUCAGCCUGCCUAAAAGUGUCUAAAGCCUUGCUAGCUAAGUGUGAUUUCCUCACACAGUUAAUAUCAGACUUUGAUCAAGUUGUUGGAUAGCUACGUGCUGUAGUGGAGUUGCAAACAGAUACCAACUCUCAAAUUGGUUACCCCCAAAUGUCAAAAGGGGGAAAACUGCACUAAAAGUUUCCUUUCUCUGCAGCGAGAAAGGAAUCUUUAAUGCACUUCUCUCCUUUUGACAUUUGGGGGUAACCAGACUUCAAAAUGUGGUUGAGAUGCAUGCAAAAGAAAAACAGUUCAGGAAAGGCUGCAGGUCUCAGAACUAUUUAUAGGAGCAAAUGUCAUCAGGUGAAAGGGCUUCCCUAGCCACCACACAUAUACUCUCUUGUAUGCUUCAAACAAAUUGACCACUGUACUUUAUGCAGUAUGUCUUGUCAUGCACAGUUAUCUUGACAAACUAAUAGAAAUGCAUACAAAUGACUUACACCAAUGGAAAAAUGAUCUCUCCUGUAUUAUGCUCGUCCAUAGAAACAGUAUAAAAUUCAAACAUUUGGAAUGCAGUCUAAUGUGAUUUUCAUAUAGGAUAACACUUUCAAGGUUAUACAAUGACAUGCCAGGAAUCCACAUACUGCAGUCACCUAUAUGUAAAAUACCAUUAAACAUUAAUAUCAUUACGUCAUUUUAAGACCAAGGUAGCAAGAGACACUUGAUUAAAAUGGGAAAUAAAGGCUAUCAUGGAAACAAAUCACUAAAUAGAUGACUUUAUAAAUGAUUGCUGCAUGUGCUGUGCUUGCUCCAUCUCGAAACAGAUGUGACUGGUAAGACUCAGCAGUCUUAAAAAUCCAGUGCCUAGGUGGGACUUCACUCAGUUAUAUAAUGCUGUCCAGCCAUUUUCUCUUGGUGCUUCUACUAAAUGAAGGCACUCCAGUGAGAGCUUUCCAAAUGCCCCACAGUAUUAUAAAGAUCACACAGGCAUUUAACACUAGGUAAUGAUUCUGUAAGAGCUGAGCUGCAUUUGCUGACGAGGCACCAAUCUUUCCCUGACAAAAACAUCUUCAGCUACACUCAAGCAUUUUACAAAAAAAAAAAAUCUUAAGAGAAUCUUAAUUUUUUUUUUUUCAUUAAAACAUUAUUACUUUACAGUAUCAAGUACAAAAUGGUUUUCUACAAAGUAUGAAUAGGUGUUAGUACUAUAGUUAACACAUUCAUACUUUACAAGGAGGCUAAGAUUAACAGCUAGCCUUUUAUUAUUUAUAUACAUAUAACACGUUAAGACUGUCAAAAUUAAUGUGCUAAUUCAUAAAAUAUGAAGAUAAUUUUAAUAAUGUGAUCACACAAUUUCAUGUGUCCACAAAAAGUGUGGGUAUUGCAAGCAUGAUCGAUUCAGUAAGUCUAUUAGUAAUCAGUAGUAAUGAGCAACAAACCCUGUGCUUAAUGGAUGGUAUUUAGCUUUAAAUGGCUUUUAGAUGGCUGUUUGGAUAAAAAGUUAUGUGUACAUACUGCACUGAUGAGCUGGUAUCACUGUUGCACAACAUGCUUGAGAAACUGCGAGUGCAAAGCACACUCCUGCUGGUCUGUGUACAUCUUCGAAAGUCAUUUGCUGUAGACAUUUAUCAGUAAUUACAAACAAAAUGACAAAAAAUGGUUUUGAAACUGGGGACCAAAGUGCUAUUGCAAAUGUAUAGUUUUUCUAAUUCGACUGCAUUUAUGUGAAUGUGAAGAAUUAAGGUUUAAGAUUAAAGAAAAUAUAUUAUAUGGUAUAUUAUCUUUAAAUUCAAAUCUUUAAAAUCUCAAAAAAAAAAAAAAAAAGCUGAGAGGAAGACUGUCAUCAAGUAAAGAGCUUCACAGGAUAUUUCACAGGAUAUAAUGCAUUAAGGUUGACUGAACAAGCAAGUAUGCAGAGACCAAAAAUACAGCAACAUGUGAAUGAAGGGUGAAACUGAAUGUAUAUAGCACUUUGUUUUUUCCCCCUCUCUGGCAUGUGGCUAUAUUAUAAUAAAGGCUAUAUUACAGCUUUCAAAAUGCCAGGAGUCUAAACUCAAACCCAAGCACAAACCACAAUGUUGCUAUAAACUCCUUCUAAUGAUUCCAACAUUAUGUAAAUUAUGUUGGGUUUCACUAUCAAACAUGCAAAUCCUCUGCUAAGUGGCAUGCAUAGUCCAAAUUACUGUGUGCAAUCUACGAUUAAACAUGACAUACAUGUUACUACUGAUCUAGAAAUUUUACAGGCCAUAAUCAGUCACUAACUUAAGAGUGGUAGUUAUGAUACAAAUUUAACCGGAUGUCUCCAUUAAUUAGUAGAUAUAUUUUCUAAUUUAAUAUACCACAUUUGGAUAGACUGCUAAAUGGCUAAACAACUUUGAUUUUCCAAAAUGUUUUAAAAAUCAUUAAAAGAGUUUCUCUAGUACUGGAUAAAUAAAUCAGGGCAAACAAAAACACAAAUAAACCCCUUGCUUAAUUGUUCAAGCUUUGUGUUUGUAGAAGCCGAUAUGAUACAGGCCAUCUGCCUUCAUGUAAAUUUACACAUAAAACACUAAUUUACCAAGUCAACAAGCAUUAUACCUGUAGCUAUUAUUGCAAGUUUGGUAGAGCUAUUAAGCACAACGCUUUCCUGCUAGUCAGGGUUUUAAUGGCAGAGAACAAGUCUCUCCACACUGUG